AUGGCAGUUCCAGGUGCACAGCGGGCCAAGGUGGCCCAUGUCAACAUGAUGACAGACACCAUCAUCAGCAACCUGAGCCUCGAGGGCUUUCGGAUUGUCUUGAGAGCUUUGCUGACAGCUCACGCGUCCGUCACCGAGACAUUUGAGACAGCGACCCAGAGCUACAUCCAAGAGUGUGUUCUGCCGGCCGUCACAUCCCGAAGUCCGGAGACGCCCGUGGACUUGGCAGGCCUUCAAGCCACCCAGAAGACUAUUCGCUGCAUGCUAGGCUGCGGAUUGUGCUUCCAGAGCAUCCCGCUACUAGGAGAUAUAGCUGCUCGGGCUGUCGACAUGGCGCUUGGGAGUGAUGCUGCGGCCUCGGACGAGGCGUCGUCAUUCCAGGCCUCGAUUGACGGGGACAUUGUCCAAGCCAUGACCGCCGUGCAGAAGACUCUGAAAGGGACGCAAGUCUUAGCAAACAAUGAACGAGGAAUCGUUCAAGGGCUCUACGAGCAACUCGCUGACUCUCGGCGUGUUUGCCAGACGAACAAGAUCGAGUUCCCGUUCGCUCGAGCAUUCUGGUCGGCGGGAAGCUUGCUAGAGAUUGACAAAUGUGACGGAGCAUCCGAAGAGCUUAUGGCUGAGGCCGGAGAUUUUGGAGGCCAGACCCCGGCAGAAGCAAAUGAAUGUUUCGAGAUGGCAGGCCGAAGACUGCCAAGGAUAUUUACCGGCCUCUGGCAGUUAUCCAGUCCUGCUUGGGGAUCCGCCUCCGCGGGGAAGAUCUUCUCUCAUUUUUCCAGCUCCGUCCAGAGUGGUUUUGUCGCGUUCGAUAUGGCAGAUCAUUACGGGGAUGCAGAAAUUAUUUUCGGUCAAUUCGCGAAGUCAUAUCCUCAGAAGAGUGCUUUAUUCGCGGCAACCAAAUAUUGCGUCUUUCAUCCGAUCACCGUUUCACGCGACGUCGUCCGAGCCAACGUGACUGAAAGGUGCCAGAGGCUACAGACUGUCAAGAUUGAUUUGUUGCAAUUCCAUUGGCAAUUUGUUAGUUACUUUGCACUACGCGACGAAAUAUGA